AUGGCCAUGGACACGAUGAAGAUAGAAAACAAAUUUGACCGUGAAAAACGUAUUGAACUAGAAAAGCCAACAGAAGGAGCGGCCAAGCAGAUAAACUUCGAUGAACUAUUGAUAGCCGCUGGGGAAUUUAGUAUUUACCAAAUUUUGUUGUUUUUCGCAACCUCUCCGUUUUUCUUGUUCGGUGUUUUCGUCUACUAUAGUCAAAUGUUCAUCACUGAACCCUCUCCGAACCACUGGUGCUGGGUUCCUGAAUUGGCAAACUUGUCUGACACAGAACGGAGAACAUUGGCUAUCCCGUUAGACGAUUCGACAAAAUUCGGAUAUUCACAUUGCCAGGUGUAUGAUGCGAACUGGGAUGAGGUAUUAAUAACUGGACAAGUACCUAAUUCAACAUGGCCGACAAAGGCUUGUGAACACGGGUGGGAGUUCAACAAGACCGAAAUACCUUACCCAACAAUAACAAGUGAAAUGGAUUGGAUAUGUGACAGAGGCAGCUACCAAGCCACGGCACAAGCUCUUUUCUUUGUGGGGUCCAUUAUUGGAGGAUUUCUGAUUGGUUGGGUAGCUGAUCGGUACGGUAGACUGCCAGCAGCUGUUUACAGCACCUUAAUUGGAUGUUUAGGAGGAAUACUGACCACGUUUGCAAGAAACUUCACCGAAUUCUCAAUAUACCGAUUCAUAGCAGGUAUGGCAUAUGACAAUUGCAUGAUGAUGGCAUACUUAAUAUUGUUGGAGUAUGUGACUCCUAAAUACAAAACGAUGGUGGCCAAUAUGGCAUUUGCUUUAUUCUACACUAGUUUCACUAUAGCAAUGCCAUGGAUCAGUUUGGCAUGUGGACAUUGGAAAACUAUAUCCAUAGUGACUAGUGCGCCAUUAUUAUUAGCUGUGUUAGCACCGUGUUGCAUACCUGAAAGUCCUCGAUGGUUGCUCUCUAUGGGGCGUGUAGAUGAGGCUAUAAACAAAAUUUUAACGAUCAGCCGAAUUAAUAAGAAAGAAAUACCGCCCAAGAUCAUUGAACAAUUCAAGUGUACAGUCUCGAAAGAGACGAAAGAAGAAUCUCAUAGCUGCUUAGAAAUAUUUAAAAGACCGCCAAUUAGAAGAACGUUUAUUUUGAUGUGUUUGGAGUUCACCUGUUGCACGAUCAUCUUCGACGCUUUAGUAAGAAGUACCGGACAGCUGGGCUUCGAUUUCUUCAUAUCAUUCUCCGUGAUCUCCUUUACCGAACUUCCAUCGAUGUGUGUUGUAGCUUUCAUUAUGGAUUGGAUGGGACGUAAGUGGAUGACGAUCAGCUGCAUGAUGCUCUGCAGCGUCUUCACAUUGUUAACUGUAUUUGUUGGCAGUGGUGUACCUUCUGUGAUGUGUACAGUGCUCGCUCGGUUCUUCGUGAACAUUUCCUACAAUGCAACCAUGCAAUGGACUGCAGAAGUACUACCUACGCAAGUCAGAGGCUCUGGGGCAUCUGUCGUCCACAUUUGCGGGUACAUAGGUACGGCUCUCUCUCCUUACAUUGUGUAUCUUCAAAUUUAUAUAAGUUGGCUGCCGUUUGUGAUAAUUGCCGCUAUCGCUGCAUUCGGAGCCUUCAUUGCCUUCGCGUUACCGGAGACCACGAAGAAGGAUAUACCACAAACGUUCAACGAAGCCGAAGAACUCUCAAGGAACAUCAACCUGUGGGAAAUGCCUUGUUUAAGUCGACCGAAAAAUGUUGUGUCAGGUCACGAAAAUGAGAGCUUCGAAAUGUAA